AAAGCUGUAAGCAUUUCACUUUUUGAUGCACAAGAGAUAGGUCUUUCACAUCAAUGAUUAAUGCUAAGGCUACAAUAUGAAUUCAACGGCAGAAGAAUACAAUCUGAUAUUCCGUGAGAAAAUGUAUUUCAAUACAGUGCUGACAUCAGUUUUGAUGUUUCUUGGAGUGGCGGGAAACGCCGCGGCUCUCUACUUGUAUGCGUUUCGUAUGUCACGUACCGAGGAUAGGUAUUUCAUUCCAUUCCUAGCCGCAGUGGAUCUAGUAGCAUGUGUGUUUGGAUGUGUUUUCCCCAUCGUGAUUAAUUUCUACCGACUGGUAUUCGUAUGGGAAGAUAUUUGCAAAUGGAUGUACUUUUCCGUUUGGUGCACAUCGACUCUAUCUGCUGUGAUGCUGUUUGUAAUCGCUAUUUAUAGGUACCUCAAAGUGUGCCGACCAGAUGGAAGACAGAUGACGAUGAAUAAAAGAAGAAUUGCUCUUCUUUGUUCCGUUUUGGGAUCUAUUAUACUGUCUUUGCCUCUGCUGCACUUUAUGGGACAGAUACGGGGAUCCGUCAAUUUGAAAAACAUGGACAUUAACGUCACAUCAUGUGGUUUGAAAAAGGAACGCGUUGGACCAUUUUCGAAUUUGUACUUUUUAUCAGGUCUGGUUUUGAGUUUCAUUAACAUGGUUUGCACUGUGGCUUUAUAUAUUCCAAUAGGUCUAACUAUUUACAAAAGAUUUGAUAGCAUUCGAAACUCCAAACGUAUUAGGAAAUUACUCGGACCAACAAACUCGGACUUGUCAGAUGACAGACAGUCAGACAGCACAAGUGAAAGUAGAAAAGAGGCCAAUUUAAAAUACAGACACAGCCUUCAGAAUGUUCUGGACACAUCAGUUUGCAAGAAGAAGAAUUCACACAGACGACGCGUGCGCCAUAACUUUACCUCCAUGUUUAUCACCAUUGUUGUAUUCUACGUCAUUUCCUACCUUCCAACACUCAUUUUAAUAAUUGUUGGGAGCAAAGAUCCAUUCAAGUUUUGGUUUCGUCUGGACGACGUGUCAUUGAAUAUAUUAGUGAUUUUGAAACGCUCCUAUAUCAUAAAUCAUGUAGUGAAUCCCUAUAUAUAUGGAUAUUUUGAUCUACAUUUCCGACGUCAGUUCAUGCAGUCCGUGUUCAUUUGCAAAGAACAAUCGGGUGGUUGCAUAGCAGCUAGUAAUUGGCUAUUAGGCACCAUAUGAACGCAAGGAUUAAACACCUGUACCCGCCGCGUGUGUGCAAAUACUAGUAUAUAUUGUGCGUCUCACCGUACGUCAGAGUUCAACAAAGGGAAACAACUAUUGAGAGCAACUCAGAAUGUAUAUCAAUAUGUAAAUUUGUUUGUGUAUAUAUGCAUUGUGUAUGUAAAUAUAACCUGUAUAUAUCUACAAUGAAAGCAUUGUGUAUAUUUAUGUGUAUGUAUGUAUAAACUGUAUAUAUCUAUACUGGAAACAAUGACAAUCGUAGUUUUGACCCUACCUCAAAUGAAGCGACCCGGGAAAGAAAAACAAGAAGUUGUGGUUGCUUAGGUUGAAUUCUAGCCCAAAGGGCACGAAUAAGAUAUAUGGUUUCGUCUGAAUGAACGUUGGCUAAACCAAACCCAGUAUUUCUCCUAGUGAUGAUCAUUCUAACAUUUUUAAUUUCCAUUUGUAACCUCUUGACGCUAUCGUUUAAUGCUAUUUUUAGCAACGCACAAAAUUUAAGUAAUUUUUCUGUUAAAAAUUCUUUGUACAUGUAUACUACAGUCCUAUUUCCUGACUCUUCUUGACUCUUCCUUGUUCACAUUCUUACUUUAUUCUAGGAUUAUUUAUCAGUAAGAUUAUAUCCUGAUGAACGAGUAAAUUUUUACACGAUCUGAUCAAUUUGUGCAUAAUGAAAAUAAAGCUUCGCCGCCCGACAUUUCAGAAGUGAUCAGGUGUGUGCUUAUAUUACGUUAAAGGAAAAUCUACUCUUAAUUUUCGAUUAGGAAAGCAUUGAAGUAUGUUUAAAUUGUCAAUCACUAUGAAUUUGAUUUCACGGAAAAUAUGUUCAAUAUAUAUAUACUCCCUCUUAAAGGGAAAGGCAACCCAAAACAUUUACAUAAUAAAUGAUAGAAUUAAUUAUUUGAUAAAAAUGUGUCAUGCCAUUCUGUUGAUAUACGGCCUAGAUAAGUGUCAGUACUAAUUUGAAAACGUUAAAAAUUGAAAUGCCUGACAACUAUAGAGCUGCCAUGAUGUGAAACUUUUAUGUAUUCAAGAUCACAAAAAUCAGUAAUUUUGACGUCACACCGUCUGUUACGGUUUUGAUGAGAAAUAUGUGCGUGUGGUAGAUUUUACAAAUAAAUAGGUUGUCUUUCUGUCAAUCAGUUAACUAGACUAAUGUGAAGGAGAAAUGUGAAAAAAUGUGUGGGGGGGGGGGGGGUGUCGAAAUUCCUAAGCCAACCAAGUCAUCUGAAAAGACUAUGUACAUGUAAACUGGAUCCAUCAUUUUCGUAAUGACAAGUUGAGGUUCGAAACAUUUACAAGUAUGAAGAAACGUACCGCCUGCCUAGUCUGCGACUUGACUGAACGUCUUUUCUUAAUUUCUACUUGUAAAAGAAUGAGCUCAAAUCUAUACGGCUCCGAAUUUAACUGUUCGUGACUUGUCAUGUUUACAGCGCUGCUGAUGAAAUAUAAACCGGAACUGACGAUGUGACGUCAUAUAUCUAACUUCAAUGGCCGCUCUCUUAGCGACGGGUAAUUGAAAUAUAUGAUUGAUCAAUAUUGAGUAAAUCGUUAAGCAAGGAUUUUUGUUGUUAAAGACUAUCAUUUACGAUAUCAGCCAGUAAUACUUUAUUCAUAAAAGCAACAAUGUGGUUAGGGUUGCCUUUCCCUUUAAAUACACACGUGAGAUCAAAUUUUGAACACCACUUUGUCGAUCCGUUUGUUUACUAGUGUGGUUUAGUGCUAAGUGUAAUUAUCAUUAGAUUUUGUUCAUUUCACGACUUGCCCAUAUAGUUUUUAACUUCCUGGUUUCAUAUCUGAUUGAUUGAUCCAUCCAACACUAUUGAGCUAAUAGUGCUGUUGGACUGUUGGACUCUCUUUCAUACUAUUUCUGUGAUGUUUAAGCAUCGUCUUUAAACAUCACUAAGUCCUAUAUCUUUGUGCACCCCCCCCCCCCCGUCAUUUUACUUCAUUAAUGAUGUUUUUAGAUAUGCAUAUUAAGCAUUUUGUAUUAUUCACUUGCUGUAUCUAAACCUUAAGUUUGCUUUUUUAUGCUUUUGAACAUUUUCUUCAAAGUUUGUGUUUGAGUAGUCAAUAGCAUUGUUAUUUUUGUAACUCGCUUAUCAGGGGAAUAAGGACAGAUAUGUUGAACUCUUUCAUAAUGAUGUGACAAUGUUUUAUUAUUACUUGACUUUCCCGUUGGUUUGUGAACCUUUAUUCUCUAAAUAAAUAUCCUAGUUCAUUCUUA